AUGAUCCCUCGAAAGCCAGGGCAAGGACCAAGGCAUGCGGUGUCGAUUCGCGGUACGCGCCCCUUUUGGAACAGAAAGAGGCAGGACCUCGAGGCGUAUGCAUACAGCCUGGGCUGUCCUGGCGCAUUUAUCACAUUCAGCCCAGCCGAUUUGCACUGGCGGAGCCUCUACCAGCACAUGCCCCGAUAUGGAGAAUGGCUGCGCGUUUCCGAGCCGGAGAGGAUGGCAUUGUCGCGGUACUUAUUGCGACAGAACCCUCACAUUGCUGCUUUCCACUUCUACCGCCGAUACUGCUUCUUUCGAGAUAUCGUGUUGCGGAAGAAGUUCAACGUCACGGAUUACUGGGAUCGGUACGAAUGGCAAGGGCGUGGUAGUCCGCACAACCACGGUCUGUACUGGAUGAAGGAGGGCCCCGCCGCCGACAUGGAGGACGAAGCCGCUCGAGACCUGUUUGCACGCACGUGGGGCUUCCACAUCACGGCCGUGAACCCGGAGCCCCGUAGGACUGUGCCUCGGGGGGAGGGUAACCCGCUGAGCGUAGAUCCGCUGGGCGUGGAGAUGACAUUCCUGCGGCUCUCGCAAAUUGUCAACCGUUGCCAGCGCCACAGAUGCAAUACCACGUACUGCUUGCGUGUCAGAAAAGGAAGCGGCGACCUGGCGAGGGACAUGGAAGGAGCUGCUGCCGAUAUUGAGGCGGCCAACGCAGCCAAUCCGGAAAGGGAGUGUCGUUUUGACUUCCCCCGUGCCUUGCGAGAGCUGGCCGCGGUCAUCAGGAAGGAAGGCAAGUCGUACUACAUCUUCGAGGCGGCCCGCAACGACAGCCUUAUGAAUCAUUUCAACCCUGCCAUCAUUCUGGGAUGGCUGGCCAACAUUGACAUAUCUCCAUGCACCAGCUUGCAAGCAGUCAUUACAACGACACUUUCCAAGGCACAGAUUGUAUGA